AUGAAGGCCAGACUUCACAAGGCUCACUUUGGAUAUGAUAGCAUGCUGAGGAGGGCAAGAGGAACAAUAUUUUGGCCUGGAAUGAAUUCAGAUAUCAAGCAGUCGGCUGAUUGUUGUUCAAUAUGUCAAAAAAGAAAACCAAUGAACCAAAAUGCUCCAUUGAUGCAGCAUGCAGAAGGAUCUACUCCAUGGCAGAGAAUAAAACUUGACCUGUUCGAGCUGAAUGGAAAGCAAUAUUUGAUUGCAGUUGACUAUUUUUCUAGUUUCAUCGAAAUCGAUUUGCUUACAUCUUUGACAAGCUCCAGAGUAAUAGCUUUACUCAAGAAACAAUUUGCUCGAUUUGGAAUUCCAAAUGUAAUCAUGUCUGAUGGAGGACCACAGUUCGUAAGCCAAGAAUUCCAAGAUUUCGCAAAGAAGUGGGGUAUCACUCACAUGACUUCAUCACCUAUGCAUCAACAAGCCAAUGGCAAGGCCGAGUCAGCUGUUAAAAUCAUGAAGACAUUGUUAAGGAAAUGUGAAGUUGAGAAGACUGAUCCUUAUGAAGCAAUUCUUGAGCAAAGAAAUACACCAAAACAGGAAACUGGUAUUAGUCCUGCAGAAAUCUUGUUUAACAGAAAAGUGCGUGGCAUGAUUCCACAUUUUCCACAGAAACUCGAGAAACCAGAAUCUGAUGCAUUCAUCAGGAAGAGGAACCAACGCAGACAGACAGUAAGGAAAUCGUUUGACAGGAAGUCUCGCGAGCAGAGUGAAUUGGACGUUGGUCAAGCAGUAUUCUUCCAGCAUCUAGAGGGACGCAACUGGAGACUCGGAGAAAUCAAUGAUAUUCUCGGACCAAGGACAUACAUUGUCAAGGACCAGAAUGGAACCACUUAUCGUAGAAACAGAAUUCAUGUGCGACCUACCGCUGUUCAUUUCUACAGUCGUGACCGCUCACCGAUGCGUUCAGUCCAAGAAAAUAAUUCAGACGGCAUACAGAGAAACCUUGUAACAGACUCUAAGCCGGUGAACAAUCCGAACUCUACCGUUAACGUACGUAAGCGCACCAGAAACACCAUCCGUUGA